AUGAAGACUGACCAGCCAGCCAGAUGGACAUUGCGCGACAUUCAGGGUCAGCUUCGCUUUGGCAAAACCCCACCUCCUUCUUACAUUAAGCUACACCUCUUGGAGCUACACUUUUGCUCUCUUUGUAGUUUCUUACCGAAGUUGAAAUAGUUACGUAAAUAAUUGGGCUAGGACUAAGAAUAAGAAGUCUUAUGGCUAGGUCUAUAUCUAGGGUUAGAUCUAGGGCUAGAACUCAGGGUAAGACUUUGUAUAGGGCCAAAGUUAGGGCUAUUAUGAUAUGCUAGGGCUAGGACUAGCGUUACGACAAAAGCUAGAACUAGGGCUCUGACUAGAACUUUGACUAAGACUAUGACUUUGGCUCUAGCUGGGGCUCUGGUGAGGACUUGGGUUUUGGAUAAGGCUGUGAUUAUCGCUAGAACUUUGGUCACGGUUUUGGCUAGAGUUUGGGCUAGGGCUCAUUGACUCUUCUUUUUCUAGUUGUGUUACAUUUGCUUAAGUCUUUGUAACUUAAAGGCAAAGCAUUUGUGUAUAUAUAUUUGGUACCUUUUAGAUUAUUCUUCAAAAUUUUAAAAUUCAGAAGUUUGUAUGAACGCUAACUGUCAAACGAUCAAGAAAAAACGAACGCACCCAACAAUCCGAUAAUAUCUGUGACACUUCGUUUCAAAAAGUGGCUUUACGCCGAAACACAUUUUCUUUAUUUUCCACGCGUUAAAUCUUGUAAAAUAUUGAAAGCCAAUAAAAAAGUAAGUUUAUCAGUAAUCUUUAUUUAUUUUUGGGUAUAGAUUUUAAUGUCCGAAGGACAAGUCAAUAUCAAUAUCGAUUUGGACGCGGUGGCGGCGAUUCAACAACGAAUUUUGGAAGGUAAACCAACGUUAAACGAACCAAAUGCAAGGAAUCUUCAUCCACAACAGCCCAGGGCAUUGGCUAGUCAAGAAAACUUGAGGAAAUUACCGGAAACAGCUUUGACAACUGAAAAUGUUCAAAAAGCGGGUUUGGCGCAUGGUGAAGAUAAAAAACCGGAGUCUACUGACAAUGCUGGACGUGUAGAGGCUUCUGUUGGUGAAAGAGAAGUUAAACAAGAAUCUGCUGAAGCUUCAGCAGGUAAUCAGGGUCAGAAUCAACAGAAUUCUACACCACAAAUACCUCAAAACGUCUCAGGAACGCCUACGGAUACACGAAGAUCGUCUUUGGCGUCAAAUUCAGGUGGAGCUCGAAAACAUAAAGGUGGAUAUAAAGCAAAACGUGUGUUUAAGGUAAGGUUUUUACUGUUUUUGUUAUUGUUUAACUUUUAGGCGUGGAAAUGUUAUUUUAAAGGUAUGAAAAAACAAGAUUGGUGAAGGUAUACCUAUUUUCAGGUGAUUAUUAUUGGCGAUGCUGGUGUUGGCAAGACAUGUUUGUCGUUCCGGUUUUGUAACAAUAGGUUUCCACAACAAACUGAAGCUACAAUUGGUGUAGAUUUCAGAGAACGAACGUUGCAUAUGGAAGGAGAAUUGGUUCGAGUUCAGGUAGGAUAUUACACUUGAUAGGAACUUGGAUGAAUUUGUUGAUUAUGCUUUAGCGUUGUAACUAUAAGUUUUUUAUUAUUGUAGAGCAUGUUUUGGAGUAACUUUUUGUGAACUUUGGCAUUUAUUGGUAAAAUAUUUAGGAAGAUAUGAGGACGUGAAUUUGAUAUUGUAGUACUUUUUCCUUGAUGAAAAACACUAAAUUCUAAAAACUACACUCGUUAUUUCAUAGUAAGACGUUUUAGCUUUUAUCUUAAAUAUUUUGGAAUGCAAUUUUUGUAAAAUACGACAUUUUUACGUAUUAAUUUAUAUUGUUUUAGCUCUGGGACACAGCGGGUCAAGAAAGAUAUCGCCAAUCGAUUGUGGCCCAUUAUUACCGCAAUGUGAACGCUGUGGUGUUUGUGUAUGAUGUUAACAAUAUGAAAACAUUUAAAUCGCUGCCAUUAUGGAUUAACGAGUGCAAGAAACAUGGUGUGACAUCAGAUGAAGUGCCUCAUAUUCUGAUUGGAAACAAGGUUGAUUUGUCGACGCCGAAUCGGGUCAAAACGGAUGAAGCUCAGGUUGGUAUAUUGUUUAAAAUGAGUAUAAUAAUGUGGUUUUAUGGUUGCGAAGUUUUUAAGUGAUUUGGAAUGCCAUGGACAUUGUAAAUUAGGAUUUUUAUGUUGUAGUAGGUAUUUGAAUGGGAAAAUGGUUUUUGUUUUUCUUCGGUUUUUUUUUGAUUAAACUGUUUAUUUUUGAAUUUUGCGGUUAAAAACUAAAUUUUUAGGUAUUUGCGGACCAAAAUGACAUGGCAUUGUUCGAGACUUCAGCUUUAUCACAAUCAGAAGCCGAUCAUGUUGAAGCCAUUUUCAUGACACUGGUUCACAAACUUCAACAAUGCAAGCCAAUGCACGUACAAUCCGAAACCGAACGUCAUCAGAGAGAAGAGAAACUGCUUCUGAAGGCUUCGGAUCUUCAAGCGGCUCCGGAAGCCGAAGGAUGGUGUUGUUGA